GCCACCAGUUCUCAUACCGACUGAAUGUCUUCUCAUGAUAUUUCAAAAUAUAGCAAAUGAUAUACAGUGUUUGCAUUCUUGUAUUCUUGUGAGUCGUUCUUGGUGCAGAAAUGCUAUACCUUAUUUAUGGGCUCGACCUUUUAGCACGGCAUCCAAAGAAGCAAAACUUAUUAAAACUUAUAUUUCAUGUUUAGAGGAUGAAGACAAGUCUUUAAUAGAAGAAGAUAUUAUUCUUCCUGAUUUACCAAAACCUUUUUUCGAUUAUGCUAGUUAUUUAACAGAAUUUAAAUAUAAUCGAUUAAAGUCAGCUGUAGAAUUAUGGAUUAAAAUUAAAGAUCAGUUAUCUACUUCUUCACCUAAUAAUCCGAAAGUGUAUGGGAUAACAAAGGCCUUGUGUAAUCUUUUAAUGAGAAAAUGUUCAAGAUUAGAAGCUCUUUCUAUUAUU